CAGCAUUGAGCGCACAGAGCUAGAGCCAGGGAACGUGCGGGGCCGCUCCUGUCACUUUGCAACAGCAGCAUCAUCCUCCUCCUCACCCGCACAGCCAGAGCAACACGCGAACGGCACGAGCCCCACUGCCUCCUCAGCUCACCUCCUCCUGCCCAGCAGCCUGUCAGCAUGGACAACUGCGUCGCUGCCAAGAUCAUGGACAGCAACUUAUCCAGCCAGCAGCAGCAUUUCCUACAGCCCCAUUGCUUCUUCCCGCAGAACGUGCAGCAGCUGAGCCCGGCGGAGGAGCAACAAGCGUCCAAAGCCAAGCCCAUCAAGAGGCAACGCUCGGCCUCCCCGGAGCUGAUGAGGUGCAAGAGGCGGCUGAACUUCAAUGGCUUCGGCUACAGCCUCCCGCAGCAGCAACCGGCCGCCGUGGCCCGGAGGAACGAGAGGGAAAGGAACCGGGUCAAGCUGGUCAAUCUCGGCUUUGCCACCCUCAGGGAGCACGUCCCCAACGGUGCGGCCAACAAGAAGAUGAGCAAAGUGGAGACGCUGCGAUCGGCAGUCGAGUACAUCAGGGCGCUGCAACAGCUGCUGGACGAACAUGACGCUGUCAGCGCCGCUUUCCAGUCCGGGGUUCUUUCCCCCACCAUCUCCCCCAACUAUUCCCACGAUAUGAACUCUAUGGCGGGCUCCCCCGUCUCCUCGUACUCCUCAGAUGAAGGCUCCUAUGAUCCGCUGAGCCCGGAGGAGCAAGAACUUCUCGACUUCACCACUUGGUUCUGAGAUGCGGAGUAGCAGGCUGUUUGCCUCCCUGCUUGGAUAACAAAGUGAAGCACACAGGAGCAGUUGGUCCCUCCAAGAACACUGAAGCACUACAUUUGCACUCCAGUACGAUUCACUGGAUGGAUAGAGACAUAAUGCCGUGGGGCUCGUGGGUGGUGAAGCACACAGACACCAUCCCAGCUCACGCAUGGAAGAGACGUGGUCCGUAUGAACAACCCGGGGCUACCCCAUAUAAAACGCAAGCCCUUAUUGACUAUACCCUCCUUCUUUUAUCGAUGGAGGCCGUUCCCGGAUCAGAAUUUGUGGCGUGUUUAUCCAAACUAUGCUGUUAUUCAAAGAAACCCCCCUCCCCUUCAGACUCUACCCCCUUUUUUUUUUUUGUACCACUUUCAUCCUUAAAUGCUUCCAAUCUUUUGUGAAAUUUUUUUUUAUUAUAAGAAAUAUUUCUAUCUAUCCCAACUGUUUUGGGAUAUAUUAAGCUAUUUUUGUACAUAAGAGAGAAAUUUAUAGAAGUUUUGUACAAAUGGUAUGAAAUAUGUAUAUCUUGAUACAUUAUUAUGUAAUGCUUAUUACCUCUGCAUAUUUAGACUUGUAGUCUAUAACCUUGCAACUGCAAUUUUGUAUGUGGUUUUGUAAAGGACACUCCUUUUAAGGUGGGGUUGGAAUUCCUACAGAUGUACUUUAGCACCAACGUGUCUUACUUUAUAGAAACUUUGUUAAUGCAUUAAUUGUGUUAUUAAACAAUGUUCACAGUGAACAAAGUUUAUGCAGCUAUUGUCCAAACGCAAAAUAGUGGUCCACUGUAUCUAUGCUGCCUUUCGGAACUCUAUAUACCACUGCCUUUUCUUACUGUUUUUAAUACAAACUUACAAAUGUCCUGCAUAACUAUGUUUUUUUACACAAUAGUUUCAUAAUAAAACAUUUUUAUAUAG